AUGAUGACGAGGCACCAGGCGCUGGCGGGCGCGCUCAUCGGCCUAGCGCUGCUGUCGCUGCCGCCGUCUGGGGAGCCCCAGCCGACCGCAGACGACGCCUGCUCCGUGCAGAUCCUCGUCCCCGGCCUCAAAGGGGAUGCGGGAGAGAAGGGAGACAAAGGCGCCCCAGGACGGCCUGGAAGAGUCGGCCCCACAGGAGAAAAAGGAGACAUGGGGGACAAAGGACAGAAAGGCAGUGUGGGUCGCCAUGGAAAAAUUGGUCCCAUUGGUUCUAAAGGUGAGAAAGGAGAUUCUGGUGACGUAGGACCCCCAGGUCCUAAUGGAGAGCCAGGCAUCCCGUGCGAGUGCAGCCAGCUGAGGAAAGCCAUCGGGGAGAUGGACAACCAGGUCACGCAGCUGACAAAUGAGCUGAAAUUCAUAAAAAACGCUGUGGCCGGCGUGCGGGAGUCGGAGAGCAAGGUGUACCUGCUGGUGAAGGAGGAGAAGCGCUACGCCGACGCGCAGCGGGCCUGCCAGGGCCGGGGCGGCACGCUGGGCAUGCCCAAGGACGAGGCGGCCAACGGGCUGAUGGCCGCGUACCUGGCGCAGGCGGGCCUGGCGCGCGCCUUCAUCGGCAUCGACGACCUGGAGCGCGAGGGCGCCUUCGUGUUCGCCGACCGCUCGCCCGUGCGCACGUUCCAGCGCUGGCGCGGCGGCGAGCCCAACAACGCGUACGACGAGGAGGACUGCGUGGAGAUGGUGGCCUCGGGGGGCUGGAACGACGUGGCCUGCCACGUCACCAUGUACUUCCUGUGCGAGUUCGACAAGGAGCACGUGUGAGCGGCCGCCCUGCAGGAGGAGCGAGGCCUGGGACGUGCCCCGGAGCCACGCGCGCGUCCCCACGGCUCCGCCCGUGUCCGAGCUGCAAAGCAGUCCUUACCUCCUGCAGCAGUGAC